AUGGCUUACGACCUCGAACGUUUUGGAAGACGCAGCGUCGAUGUUGCCUCUGCCAUGUCCUCCAUUGUCUUCUCCGCCGCAAAGUGCAGCACAAAGCUCGGUUUCUCCUAUGCUCGUAGCUUUGCUUCGAACACAGCAGGCGCCGCCGCCGCCGCCGUCGACCAUGCUGUUUUUGGUGGCCACACGAUCACUCCCGUAGUCGAGAGCGCCGUCUCAGUAGCCCUCACUUUUGCAGAAACGAUAUCCCUUGCACCUAUAUUCCUCGGAGAAUAUAUCACCACCGCCUCUCUCCGUGCUGCUCACAGCUCCAUCGACGUCCUCUCCGUCAUAUUCCCAGGCAGCAGCGAGGCCUCCUUCUCCCUUGCAUCCUUCAUUAAUUUAGUAAAGCGAGAAUGGGACAGUCCCUCCAGUGCCCUCUCCAUGCCAGACAAACGAUACCCCCUCACCGACGUGGCACGCGCCCUCGUCGCAUGGGUCGCCCUCCAGGGUGUCACCCAGGAGUGGCAGGAGAAGCGCUGGUUCAAGCACCUCCGCGAGAUCAAGGAGGAGGACCCAUCCACCCAUCCACCGCUCAGGCGCGUCCCCUCCCGCGUGCGCGUCACCUCCGACGUCAUCUUCCCCGGAAACCGUGGGCAGCUCAUCGCCGCCGACAUUGGCGAGGCCCCGCGCACGCCCCGCACCCGCCAGCGGUCCUCCAGUGCACUCUCCAUUGGCGGGCUGUCUAUUGCUUCCAUCGGAUCUUUGAGAGGAAGCAUGCGGGGUUCUCGGAUCGAGCCCCCGCAGAAGCCCAUGUCCGAGGUGAAGGCGAACCUGAGGAGGCUCUCUAAGAUGGUCCUCGCCGGGUACGGCGGCGCAAGCUUGCUGUUCUUCGGCGUGUCGCCGAUGUUCACGUCUCCACUGAAGCCGGGCUCGCCGAACCGCAGCGAGAAGGUGAGGGAAGAGGCGCAGCUUGAGAGCGCCGUCGAGGCUGCAGAAGCGGAGGCCGCGGGCGACGAUCCGUCCGGCCGUGUGCCGGAUGCCCCAGAGUUCUCCUGGUGGGACGUUUUGAUGGGGAAGCAUGAUCAGGCGAUCUUUGAGAAUUCGGUCCUUGGCCACGGGACCCAGCAGACAUCCGAUGGUGUGCAGCAGCGGAUCCGUUCGACCGCGGUGAUUGGGAUUGAACGUCAGAUGCCGCGCUUUUGGGUUCUGGCGGAUCACGAUCGCCGACAGGUCGUGUUGAUUUUGCGGGGAACCAUGUCACUCAAUGAGCUUGCGGUCGAUCUAACUUGCGAUCCCGUAGAGUUUGAGCCUGCGUCGAGCCCAAUGGAGGAGUCGACUUCGUUUGCCUCAUUCGGAAGAAAGACUACCCGCAGACAGCCUUCUAUCCAGUCGUUCACUUCAGAAUGCUCUCGGUAUAUGGUCCACGGUGGGAUGCUCAGGAUGGCGCGUGUCAUGGGUGACGUUGGUAAGCCCGUUCAGCUGGCUGUGAAGGAGGCGUUGGAGCGAAAUCCGGACUAUGAACUCCUCCUCAGUGGGCAUAGCCUCGGUGCCGGGGUUGCUACACUAUUGGGUCUGAUGUGGGCAGAUCCCCAUACCUGCUUGACGGUUGCGUCGAGUGGUCUUCCACCCAAUGUCCCUCUGUCGGUUUACGGCGUCGCGCCUCCAUGCAUCGGCGAUGCAGCGCUCAGCCGCCUGGCGUCGAAGAUGGUCGUCUCGUUUGUAUGGUCAGACGACAUCGUCUCUCGUCUAUCCCUCGGGUCUGUCUGUGAUAUCCGGAAUGCCGCCUCGUGGCUAUGUGAAGCGCAGGAGCGGACAGGUGGCACAGAGGGCUAUGCCGCCGUCACUCAGCGAGCUCGUCAGUGGUCUGCUGGGAUGGGCACGUCGGAAGAUCCACAAUGGUUCCUGGCUAUCCGGAAGACGCUGGAAGUGAACAUGCAAGUGGCGGACCUGUUCCCUGCUGGCCGCGUGCUCUGGGCCGUGAGAGACAGCGACCUCCAUCCUUCGCACCAGCUGUCAUCUGCGUCAGAAGUACCGAACAAGCUCAGGCUCUUUGAGGUGCUGGACGUGAGCAAGGUAUUCUCGCAAAUCGUCUUCUCUAGAAACAUGCUUGGAGCCCAUAUGCCCCACCGUUACGACCAAGUGUUACACGAGCUGCUGUGA